UAACAAAUUGUGCUCUGAAUCUGCAGUUUUUCAUAUGAAGUCAAGGUUGCUUUACAACUCAGAUUUCAAAUGAUUGUGAACAGGUUUCCUCUAUCAACCAGAGCUUAACAAUCUUCAGACAUUACAUCAUGGCGGCAAGAUUUCCUGAAGGAAACCAAGUUCAGCUCCGACCUCGAAAAGGUCAUGACAUGAAAUGGUCAUGUGACAAGCAUGGUGAGCCAAUCGCAUUUUACUGUAAGAAACACGGACUACCCGUAUGUGAUCGAUGCGCUAUCAAAGAACAUUGCCAAAAACCAUGUGAGCUAGACGAUAUCGAGGAUGUCAUCUUUGAGAGGAGAAAAAAACUGGAUGAGAAACGGCCAAAAAUACAGGAACUUCAGAAACAAAUGAAAGCCGUAAAUUUAAAAAUAAAGACAGCUUUAGCUUUCAGUGAUACUAAUCUACAGACAAUAAACAACAACAUUCAAGCAUCGUAUCACAACGAGAUCAAAUCUGUUAAGGAAAAGGAGGACAGAAUGAUUAGGGUGAUUAACGAGGAGGCAGAUGAGGAAAUAAGACUCGUUAAUGAGAAGAGAGAAAAACGGAUCAAGGACUGCCACAUCGAGAUAGAAAAGGAGCAAAAAAUCAUUAAAGACAAAGAAGCAAAACUUCUAUCAGAUGCAAAAACAAUCACCAAAAUCGUUUCUAAGAAGAUCAAAGAUCUAACUAUUAAGAGUCAGCAUGUCAUAAACACUAUUAAGAAUAUUGAAUCCAACAUCACACGUAUAAACCAACAUGAUGAAACAUUGGUGAAUGAAGCUCCUCAAGUACUUGCAUCUAUUGAUGAAAAUCUAAGUUUGAAUGUUCAUCAAAAUGUGAGCGACUGUCUUGACCGAAUAGAGAGUGAAGUUGAGAGAGUGAAGUUUGUAGAGGGGGAAGCAGGUGGAGAAUACUAUAGUAGAAUUGAUGGGUAUAUCGGUAAAUGGGAACUUGCCAGGUCAAUCCACAUUCCAUCGGUUGUUAAUAAGCCGUGCGUGUGUAGUUUGUUCAGUGAGGAUGAGAUAUGUGUGCAAGACAGAGGUAACAAUGACAUGUAUGUUACAAACAUUAACACUCAACACACAGAGAAAGUCAUUGAUGAAGGUGUGUUGAUUACAUCAUGUGCGCCCAUAGACAGUAACGUAAUAGUAUGUGGUAAGGAUAGCGAUGAUUGCAUGGGUGACAGGUUGGAUGGAUGCAUCACUCUCUAUGACAGACAAUGGAAGGUGAUUAGAGACAUCACCAUACCAAGGAAUGAAGACGGUUUAAGUGUGUAUGUGUAUGUUGAUGUUGACAGGGAUGGGAUGAUCAUCGCUGCUCAGGACGAUCAGUCUAAUAUCUACGUUAUCAAUCCUGCUAAUGAUAAGAUAGUAAACACUAUUACGAUGCAGGGUAAGGAGGUGUGGGAUGGGAUACAAGCCUUGUCAUCAGGUGAUAUCGUUGUGACGACAGAUGAUAAUGAAUACACUGUCAUCUCACGAUCAGGAGAAGAGAAGGCUGUCAUACACUGUGAUGAGUGGGGUCUGUCAGAGUGUCGCGUUGACAAACUGACAGACACACUCUACAUCGCGUAUUGGGAUAGAGAGCGUAAUACCUACGCAGUUGAUCAGGUGUCACGUGAUGGUAUCAUCCAGGCAAGGAGGAUCAUGGAAUAUGUGGAAUCAGAUCGCCAUAGCUUCAUUAGCCCUUGUCUUGUUACUCCUUCUGGUAACCUCGUAGGAUGUGAUGGAGACAAACUUCAUCUUUACAAGAAGACAUUCGUCUUGUAAAUCAUCAAGAAUCUCACUCAGCAUAGUCUCCAGGGGCAGACCCUGAUUGAAACUUUGAUUAACAAGUGUGUCUCCACACAAAGACUAGCAUAUACAAAACUUCGAUGGCCUUGAGGUGGCUGCACAUUCAGACCAUAAUCUCGAGUGAAGGGUUUGCACGGCAGACUAAUCUAAAUGAGUGAUAAUGUUUUUUUAAGAACAUUUCAGAGCAAUGUUUUGCUACAUUUCCAUUUGUGUUCAACUUCAAUCUGCCACCCCUUAUACCCAUUGGGGCAGUUUCAUAACUUGUUAUAGUCACAAUCCGUAGUUAAAAGCUACUGAAAUAAUUCAAUUUGAUUGGAUCAUAGUAACCUUCAGAUAGAAAUCAUUAUAACAAGUCCUUAUAAAACAUAACUUGUUAUAGUAACAAUCAAUAGUUAAAAGCUACUGAAAUAAUUCAAUUUGAUUGGAUCAUAGUAACCUUCAGAUAGAAAUUGUUAUUAUAACAAGUCUUUAUAUAACAGGACCAUGGAGACAUUCAUGUUUGAUACAAUGGUCAUGCCUAUGUGUUAUUAAAUUCAAAGUAAUGUAUUUGAACGACGAUUAUUUUUAAGUUAAAGGAGAAUGAAACUCUUGGAGCAAGUUAACUUUUGUGAAAGCAGAAAAAUCAAAGAAUAAGAUCAACAAAAGUUUGAGUAAAAUAGGACUAGUAAUAGAAGAGUUAUGAGCAUUUGAAUGUCGAGAUCACUAAUGCUAUGGAGAUCCUCCCAUUGGCAACGCAACCAUGAUCUAUGAUAUCACAGAUGAACAACUCUCCCCUUUUGGACACUGAAAAUAUACCCCAAAACAUCUCUUUUUGCUCUUUCUAAUCAUAUGACAAACGAUUCAUCAAUGAUAUAAUGUUGUGAAACCUCUGUACUUGUCCUCUCAUAAAGAGAACACCUCACCUUGUGAUAGACUCUAUAAAAGUGAGAAUAUAAGUGAAAUAAGUACUAAAGUAAUGAGGGAGUUGUACGUGUGUGACAUCACAGAUCUUGGUCGCAUUGCCAAUAGAAGGAUCUACAUGGCAUUAGUGAUCUCAAUAUUCAAAUGCUCAUAACUUUCUUAUUAUUCAUUCAAUCUUCCUCAAAUUUUCAACAAUAUGUUUCUUUGAUUUUUCUCUUUGAUAUGGAUUCAGCUGGUUUCAAGGGUUUCAUUCUCCUUUAACAAUUCAAUGCUUGUGUGUUCAUACAUGUAUUAUGCUGGUAAAAGUCUAGACAUUCUUUAUUCAAGAAUGAUAUCAUUGAAAUUUGAAUCUUCUUUCUUUCAAGUCCCUUCUCUAUGUUUUGACAAUAAAAUCAUUCAUAUUUUGACCAAUUAAACUUUGACAGAAUAUGAUUUUAAAAAAUCAUAAAGAGUUCGAAUUUUCAUUUUAACCGAAUUUAAAUGAUAUUAUCAUCCCACAUUCCUCCGAAAGUUUACAAUGCCCUAACCAAACAGAUUACUCAUUUCAAGAAUUAAAAAUUCAUACUAUUAAAUUGAAAUAUAUUUAGCUUUGUUUUGUAUAUAAAUCUGUCAGUAGGUUCGUCAUUGUAUAUAUAUAUCACAUUUAAAUAUUUUUUUUUUGCAAGCAUACAUGCAUAUCCUCAUCAUUGCUUACCUUAAAAUAAUGUUUCAAUAAUUUAUCCUGUUUAUUUUCCCAAGCUUUUUGUUUGAUCUUAUCUUUCACCUCUGUAUUAAAGAAGCUUUCCAAUCUUAUCUUUAUAAAACCAAUUCAUAUAUAGUAUAUCAAAUUUUUGUAAAAAGUGCAAAUUUCUUUUAUAAUAUAAAGUGCAGUAUACAUGUAUAAUGAUAUGAUAUUUAAAGAUCAUCUAUUUGGGUUAAUACAUGUACGAUAGAAGUUUAGUAGAAAGUAGAAUUGAGUCUUACAAAUGAUGUUAUAUUCUUUUGUAACAUGUUUUCAUUAAAUUUAGUCUAGGAAUUGUAGUCCUUGAUGUAAGAUAAUAAAAUGAUAUGGUUGUAUUUGAUCUUUACACCUUCAGGAGGAUUGAAAGAAUUGUAACAUAUGAAUCAGAGCAAACAUUGUCGGGUGUAAAUCAAGAGGAAAGAAAUAGAUAUCUUUAUGCUGGAAUAAAAUGGUGAUAGCCAUGAAAGACAAGAAAAAUUCAAUCAUGUAUAUAAAAUAUGCGAAAGAUUGGUCAAUCAACUACCAGUUGUAAACACAUUAUUGAUCUAAAUCUAUCAAUCAUUUUGAAUAAAUGUUGUAAAUGAUCAAUAUCAUUCAUUAUGGUUGCAUGUGAAAUUUGUAGGAAUUUCAAUCAAAAGAUCAUUAUGGUGAUAGGGAGAGACAGUUUUUAAAUUCUCUACAAGGAAUAUCAAUCUAAUGUAUAAUCAAGUAAUUUUGUCAGCCUAAAUGCUAUUCAAAUGAGAAACCUAA